AUGGGCGCCAGCGAAUCCACGCGGAACGAACGACACGAAAAGCCUCUCGACUAUUACCAACUGUUAGAAGUCGCGGAGGACGCUACUCCAGAGGAAAUCAAGCGAUCCUUUCGCCAACUAGCCUUAGUUCAUCAUCCAGACAAGAAUCGAGAUGACGUUGAGGGGGCAACUCAACGCUUUGCAUCCUUGCAACAAGCGUACGAGGUCCUCAGCGACGAACAAGAACGGGCCUGGUAUGAUUCGCACAAAGCUUCUCUAAUUCCCGAGGCAGAUGCAGACGAAGUUUUUGAGAACAUCCGGAAAGGAGCCUCGGCGCCACCUGCACGAGACCGAGGGCUCACCGUACGGCAUCUAUCCCGAUUUUUUGACGCUACCAUUUGGCAUGGCUUUGAUGACGGAGAAGAUGGUUUCUUCACCAUAUAUCGCAAUCUCUUUGCGCGUCUUCAGUCGGAGGAAGCUAUGAUAACAAGCGAUGCCGAUUUUCCAUCAUUUGGUUUUUCAACAUGGACUUGGUCUGCGAAGAACGAGCGCGAUAAUCUUAAUAUGGCAAAAUCUUUUUACGCAGUAUGGACGAACUUUACUACGGCAAAAGAUUUCUCUUGGGUCGAACAGUGGAAAUCCACAGAAGCUCCCGAUCGCCGCACUCGAAGGCUCAUGGAAAAAGAUAACAAGAAAGUCCGCGAUGAUGCCCGCAAGGAUUACAAUGACACAGUUAGAUCCCUAGCCAAGUUUCUCCGAAAACGAGAUCCGCGGUACAAAAAGCAUCUGACGGAGAUGCAAACUCGCCCCUCGGGAUCAACCACGCCAUCGGCAACAAAUCCGUCCAGUCGUCCACAACCUUCGGAUGCGUAUGUUGAACAAGAAUGGCAAAAGGUAGAUCUGAAAGGUCUUCAUGCUGAUCUAGAAUGGGCAGCUGCGGAAGGAGAAGACGAUGAGCAAUGGGAAUGUGUAGCUUGCGGAAAGAUGUUCCGAAGCGAAGCUGCAUGGGACAGCCACGAACGAAGUAAAAAGCACAUGAAGGAAGUCGAGCGUUUACGACGAGAAAUGGAAGAAGAUGAAGAUCUUGCAAAAACGACGACGGAUUUAGAAGAAUCCGUACCUUUGGAGGAUACCAGUCAGGGAGAAUCGCCCUCAAAAUCCAAGUCAAGCUUCGUAGCCAAUGAUCCCCAGCCAGCCUCUCCUUCGUUACCCCCAACGCCACCUCUGUCUAGUCCUACAGGAGAUGAGAAUGAGUUUUCCGCGAGCGAGACCAGAUUCAAGACCAACGCAAAUGUUAAAAUACCCGCGGAACCACUUUCACGCACGGAGAGGAAAGCCUUAAAAUUGGGACGUUUACCCAUAGUGAAUGACAUUAUUGACAAUUCCAUUGCUGUUGGGACAGAGGAUGAGGAAGAAAGCGGAGCAAGUAAUGAUGGGCCUGCUCAUGUAUCAGAACUUUCAAAACGCGAUAAACGAAGAGCGCGGCAGGCGAAGAAAGCCAGUGUGGAGCCUGGGCAUCACUGUAACGUCUGUGGUGAAAGUUUUCCGAACAAAACGAAGCUAUUUUCACAUAUAGCAGAAUUGGGCCAUGCGCUGGCCAGAGAUGCUGAAGGGAAGGACCGUGGGACGGGGAAGAAAGGCAAACGAUAG